UGAUUCUCUGAUGAAGGGCGUUAAUUUUCUAUAAUUUGCAAGAGUUUUGUCAGUAUAAAGUUGAUUUCUUUUUCAUUUUAAAUAAUAAUUAUGCAGUGUAUAUAUGAUUUAGAUUAGCAGAAGAAAACAAAAACUGAGGAGCUGGAUGAGCUUAGUCUGUAAAUUUUUGAGCAUAAUGAAUUUCAGUGGGCCUAUUCUGUUAAAACUGUUCUUAUCAAGUAGGGCACACAGUUUACUGAGUUUUUGUUGGAAUUAGAAAUUUUCAUUAUGAGUAUGCCAAUUAUUCAUUGCAGGUUUCUGUAGGUCAGCAAUUCACAAGAGUCCAAUUUUUUGAAUUGUGGAGCAAAUCGUCAUUGAAUUCUUCACAUACUUUGCUGGUGUUUUGUGAUUUUUAUUGGAGGUGAUCUCUGGUUCAGCUCUCCUGGCCUUUUCUGGGUGUCCCGUUUGUUUUCUUCUUCGUCGCUGGUAUAGCCUGACGCAUCCUGCUUUCCCAUAAUUUUAUCUACCAUCACUCCAUUUGUUUCCUUGCUGGUUAUGCCAAUUAUAGAAUUAAGUCAGAUCUAAGUUUCAAGAACUAUUUUAGAAAAUCCUUGGUUUUGGAGAUUUUCAUAUAGAUUCGAGUGUAGAUUCUACAGCACGUUGGUCGACUUAUUUCCUUGUCUUGUGAUUGUUGUGGAUAGCAGAGUUUAACAAAGUGUAGAUGACUGUGGAUGAAGAGGACUGUAGUUCUGUUUGGACUCGAGAGCAAGAUAAAGCAUUUGAGAAUGCCCUUGCAACAUAUCCCGAGGACGAUUUAGAUCGUUGGGAGAAAAUUGCUGCCGAUGUACCUGGGAAAACUCAGGAAGAGAUUAAAUUACACUACGAACUUCUGAUUGAAGAUGUGAAUCAGAUCGAAGCUGGCUGUGUGCCUCUACCUAUAUAUUCUUCUCCAGAGGGCUCAAUGAGCCAUGGUGGCGACGAAGGAACUGGUAAGAAGGGUGGCCACCUGGGGCAUCAUAACAGCGAAUCUGCUCAUGGAAAUAAAGCCUCAAGAUCAGAUCAAGAACGCCGUAAAGGGAUUGCCUGGACAGAGGACGAGCACAGGUUAUUUCUUCUCGGUCUGGAAAAAUACGGGAAAGGUGACUGGCGAAGUAUUUCCAGAAACUUUGUGGUGACAAGAACACCUACACAAGUAGCAAGCCACGCACAAAAGUAUUUCAUUCGACUAAACUCGAUGAACAAAGACAGAAGACGGUCCAGCAUCCACGACAUCACUAGUGUUGGCAAUAACGGAGAGGUUUCAGCACCACAAGGACCAAUAACUGGUCAGACAAAUGGUUCUCCUGGAUCAUCCUCAGGAAAGUCAACUAAGCAGCAUCCUCCACACCCCGGCGGACCUCCUGGUGUAUAUGGUCCUCCGACGAUGGGGCAGCCAAUCGGAGGGCCUCAUGUUCCAGCUGUUGGUACGCCAGUGAACCUUACUGCGUCUCCACACAUGGCUUACGGUGUUAGAGCCCCAGUAGGUGGAGCAGUGGUUCCCGGUGCGCCCAUGAACAUGGGUCCUAUGGCGUAUCCGAUGCCACCGACAACUGCGCAUAGGUAAUAAGAUGCAGAAUGUACAAAGGCAAGAAAGACAAUUUUUUUGUUUUUCUGUUGGGUUAGUUGCUUCACCAUUUGAGCGUGAAUAAGAAUGCUUAUUACAAGCAAAAGUGGUUAGGGGACAUUAGUUAAUUCUGUUAGAAAUAGUAUCAAAUAAGGCGAUAGGUAGGGGAAACUACAUGUAUUUGUAUAGGCAGCUUUAGCAUUUUAUGAGUAGGACACAAAAUUAGUAGCUUUUUAGUUUUUCUUUUCUUACAUUACAAUUGGUAUCCAACUUUCUUAUGGCCACAGUUGUAAAGAAUGCAUUUAUACCUUUUUAAA